AUGGCCCCUGCAGUUGAUGGUCGCCUUGCUAUCCUCGCCGGCAUCUCUCUUUCCUUUGUUGCCGUCACGGCAAUCAAGCGGCUCAUCAAGAAGCGACAGAAUAACCUUCCUCUUCCUCCUGGCCCAGCGCCGCUCCCAUUGCUAGGGAGCGUCUUAUCUGUUGACACUCAGGAGCCUUGGUUGACUUAUACUGAAUGGGGUGCUACGUAUGGGGAUUUGGUCUUCGUGCGAAUUCUAGACCAGAAAAUUGUCGUGGUCGAUUCUCAGCGCAUUGCAGAAGCCUUAUUGGAAAAGCGUUCUCGGAUUUACUCCGAUCGACCAUACCUAGCCACAAUCGAGCCGUAUGGCUGGUCGAUAAGCUUUGCAUUCAUGGGUUAUGGCGAUGAAUGGCGUCUCUGCCGACGACUGUUCCACCAAACGUUCCGUUCCAAGUCUGCAGUGAAAUUUCGCCCAAUGCAGAUCAGGCGAGCUCGUGAGAUGGUCGUUAACCUAGUCGAUGACCCUCAACAUUAUCAUGACCACUUCGCAACAUUCUCGCUAUCUGUUGUGAUGUCAGCUUCAUAUGACUACGAUAUAGGAGCUCGUGAUGAUCCUCUGGUGAAGAUUGUGGUAGAGGCACUGAAUCUGAGCUCGGCCCUGUUGACCCCGGAGACAGCGUUAAUGCUUAAAACCUUUCCCUUCUUACUCAAGUUACCUGACUGGUGCUGGGGAUCCUCGAUCAAGCGUAGUGCUCGAGCAUCGACAGAGCGCAUCAAUAAAAUGGUCAACGUGCCGUUUCAAUAUGCGCAACGGCACAUGACUUCAGCACUUUUGAUGGUUUUUAUUUUGGCGAUGGUAUUAUAUCCAGACGUUCAAAGACGAGCACAAGCGGAAAUCGACUCAGUGGUUGGAAAAGAUCGGCUACCAACGUUCGAGGACAGUGCAUCACUACCCUACAUCGAUGCAGUUGUGCGAGAAACUUUCCGAUGGCAGCCUGUUGUACCACUUGGUAUACCACAUACUGCCUUGGAUGAUGACGUAUACGAUGGCUAUUUCAUUCCAAAAGGUGCGCUGUUUUUGGGCAUUACACGAGAUGAAAAGCGGUACCCAAACGCAACUCAUUUUAUACCAGAGAGGUUCAUCGACGUUAAUGGUGCGUUGACAGCUGAUGACCCCGCACAGUACGUCUUCGGCUUUGGUCGGCGUGUAUGUCCAGGGCGGUAUACCGCUGUUGCUUCUGUGUGGUCUGCCAUUGUGACUAUGUUGGCCACAUUGGAUAUAUCUUCUGCCAAAGAUGACCAGAGCAAAGUGAUCAACUUUACUCCCAUAUUCAUCCCAGGAGGUUGGCGAACUGCUGAGUUUUGA